GCCUUGGAACUUGGAAGUCUAACAAGGGCGCAUGUGGAUGGAACAUGAGAGAUUACUUAUAAAACCCUGUUCUACCUUGACCCAUUGUGGACAAAUCUCAUAGUAUGGAGUUCAUCCUAAGCAAGCUUCAUUAGUUUGGUUAAAUGAUUGUACAGUAACCACCAACCUUCUAUGAAAACUCAAAAUAUAUAACUAUAUCUGUGGGUAUUUCGCCCUGAGGAUUAGAUCCCUGCUUAUUUAGAUUAGCUGUGAAGGAAAUGGAAGAUGGUAAAGAAUGCCCGAAAGUUUUCUGCAUAGGAACUGCUGACACAAAGGGAAAGGAGCUGCAAUUUCUUUCAAAAUGCCUGCAAUCUGCUUUGUUAACCUUCUUGCAGGGCUCGUCCUUGAAGGCAGAGGUGAAAAUUGUGGAUAUUUCUGUUGGUGUAGAAGAACAAAAAUGCCUGAAAGAAGGAGAAUUUGUUACCAGGCAAGAGGUUCUUUCUUGCCACCCUGAAACACCACAGAAGUCUACCCUUGAAGAUGAUAGAUCGCAAAGAGGUUUAGUGUUUGGCAAAGCUCUUGAACACUUUUUGAUGAAAGCCCAUAUGAAAGGGGAGCUAGUGGGGGCCAUUGGGAUUGGAGGGAGUGGGGGCACCUCUUUCAUUGCUCCUUCUCUAAGGGCCCUUCCUCUGGGAGUGCCAAAGUUCAUUGUUUCCACAGUGGCAAGUGGGCAGACAUCCCCUUAUAUUGGGACAUCUGAUCUGAUAUUGCUGCCUUCAGUGGUUGACGUGAGUGGUCUUAAUAAUGUGAGCAGAAUUGUAUUGUCCAAUGCUGCAGCUGCUGCUGCAGGGAUGAUUGCUGGCAGAAUCAUGGGAUUGGGCACAUCAAACAAGGAAGAUAAACAAGAAAGCAUCGGCAUGACUAUGUUUGGAGUAACAACACCAUGUGUGAAUGCUGUGAAAGACAUUUUAGAUGCAAAAGGCUAUGAAACAUUGGUAUUUCAUGCCACUGGAGUUGGUGGGAAAGCCAUGGAGGAGCUGGUGACAGGGGGUCUUUUACAGGGUAUUUUAGAUAUCACCACCACUGAAGUAGCUGAUUUUAUUGUGGGAGGUGUCAUGGCAUGUAAUGAACAGAGAUUUGAUCCCAUUCUUGAGCAGAAGAUUCCUUUAGUCUUGAGCAUAGGGGCCUUGGAUAUGGUGAACUUUGGACCUAAAGAUACAAUUCCGUCUCAUUUCAGUCACCGGAAGUUUCAUGUGCACAAUGAUCAAGUAACUCUUAUGCGAACUACUGUGGAGGAGAACAAAAAAUUUGCUGAUUUCAUCUCUAAAAAACUCAAUAGAUCCUCUUCUCAAGUCAGAAUAUUGUUGCCUGAGAAGGGUGUGUCUGCUUUGGAUGCUCCUGGCAAGCCUUUCUAUGAUCCACAAGCAACAGGCACACUCAUAGAUGAGUUAGAGAGAUCCAUUCAAAAGACCACUGACAGACAGGUUCGGAGACUACCAUACCAUAUAAAUGAUCCUGAAUUUGCAGCUGCACUAGCGGAUGCCUUCUUGGAGAUUGGUACAAAGAAACCUGAAAUGACAGAAUCAUGUCUUCCAGGAAACGAGUUACCAAUGGGAGUAAAAAAAUUGGAAAAAACGAGAAUAAAUUCUCACGAGAACUCGUUAGAGUAUAGGAUUAUCCAUAAACAGCCACUUGAGUUUCCUGAUGCAAAACCAGAGACGUUGAAAAUUACACAAACCAUAUUACAGAAUCUGAAACACCAAAUAGCUCAAGGGAAGCCGAUAAUUGGGGCUGGAGCAGGAACUGGAAUAUCUGCCAAGUUUGAAGAAGAAGGUGGGGUGGAUUUAAUAAUCAUCUACAAUUCAGGACGUUUUCGAAUGGCAGGAAGAGGUUCGCUCGCUGGUUUGCUUCCUUUUGCAGAUGCCAAUGCGGUGGUAAUGGAGAUGGCCAAUGAAGUUCUCCCUGUUGUAAAACGAGUACCAGUUCUAGCAGGUGUUUGUGGCACAGAUCCAUUUCGUCGGAUGGAUUACUUUUUGCGGCAAAUAGAAUCCAUUGGUUUUACAGGGGUUCAAAACUUUCCAACAGUCGGUCUAUUUGAUGGAAACUUUCGCCAGAAUUUAGAAGAGACUGGCAUGGGAUAUGGGUUGGAGGUGGAAAUGAUCCAUAAAGCACACAAAUUGGGUCUGCUGACUACUCCAUAUGCAUUCAACGAAGCAGAAGCUUCUGCCAUGGCAGAUGCAGGUGCUGAUAUAAUUGUAGCACACAUGGGUUUGACAACUUCAGGGUCUAUUGGAGCCAAAACAACCCUCUCUUUGGCUGAUAGUAUAAGUCGGGUGCAAGCAAUAACUGAUGCUGCACUGAAAGUAAAUCCACAUGUCAUUAUAUUAUGCCAUGGAGGUCCUAUUUCAGGUCCCAAAGAAGCAGGAUAUGUACUUCAGAGAACACGAGGAGUCCAUGGCUUCUAUGGGGCAUCAAGCAUGGAGAGACUGCCAGUAGAGGAGGCAAUUGUCAACACAAUAAAACAAUACAAAAUGAUAUCAAUAUCAUCAUAGAAAGAAGUAUAGGCACAAGUGCGAAGCAAUUAGAAUAUGGGCUGAACAAAUUAGUGAUCACAUGAUCACAAUGAGUGCAACGAGCAUCCAAAAAUAAAGUAUCUCCUGUACAGUAUUUACCUGUGCAUAGACAGGUUUCUUCUAUAUUUUAAGUACUUUAUGGAAGGUUUCUCAAUUUUGACAGCCCUGUUGUGACUAAACGCAGUUUAGUUGGGUGGGGCAAAAUAAUUGAGGAGUAAAUGUCUUUGGGAUGAUGUAUGGAGUUGAGGCCUGAAAUUUGACAUUCAACCUGAUUAAUAAGAGAAAUUGCAGAA